AUGGCUGCGAAGUACCAGAUCGUCCUCAUCCGCCAUGGCGAGAGCCAAUGGAACGUGGACAACAAGUUCACGGGCUGGCACGACGUGCCUCUGUCUGUUAAGGGCGAGCACGAGUCGCACGAUGCAGGCAAAGUGCUCAGAGAGGCGGGGUUUAAGUUCGAUUUGGCGUACACUUCCGUACUUAAGCGCGCCAUCAAGACGCUGUGGAACAUUUUAGAGGAGACGGACCUCAUGUGGAUCCCCGUGGUGCGAUCGUGGCGACUCAAUGAGCGCCACUACGGCGCACUUACGGGCUUGAACAAGCAAGAGACAGUGGACCAGCACGGCCUCGAGAAGGUCAUGGUCUGGCGUCGCAGCUACGCCACGCCCCCGCCGCCGCUCGAGGCCGACAGUGAGUACUACCCGGGCAACGACCCUAAGUACGCAGACGUACCUAAGGAGCUCUUGCCCUUUGCCGAGUCGCUCGCUACGACAGGCGACCGCGUCCUCCCGUACUGGGAACAGACCAUCAUUCCUUCCAUUAAAGACGGCAAGAAGGUUGUCAUUGCGGCUCACGGCAACUCGCUGCGAGCGCUCGUGAAACAUCUGGAUCAGAUCCCAGAGGACGCGAUCACGGGCCUUAACAUCCCCACGGGCGUCCCGCUCGUCUACGAGUUGGACGAGCACUUUCGACCCGUGCCGCACCAAGACGCCAUUGCCCCGUUGGCUGGACGCUACAUUGGCAACCAGGACGAGAUCAAGGCGCGUAUUGCAGGCGUUGCGAACCAGACCAAGGCGUGA